AUGGCAGCUGACAGUCGAGAGGACACCGCAGCAUCUCAACCGCCAAGCGGACAUCCCGCUGAUCAAGCCGCAGCAUCCACGCAUGAUCAAAAAGUCUAUGAAACCUUUAAUCUUCCCCCAGAGAGCGCCAAUAUUCUUCCAGGCGGCUCGGUAAAUACCGCCGGGGGCACAUCUCCCGAAGCAGGAUUCAUGGAAGCAGCGAAGACUAUUCAGAUCUCGGACUUUCAAAAUGUGCAUAAACAGCCUUGUGUUCGCGAUUCCCUGCUGACAGGGAUUGCAAGUGGCUUUGGGCUGGGAGGUGUUCGGGCUGUGUUGGGCGCACCAUUGCCCAAGGCGUCUAAUUGGGCCGUCGGAACUUUCUGUGUCAUGUCCUUUGCUGCCUACGAGUACUGCCAGAUCAAGAGACAUAUGGAAUUAGAGGGAAUGAAGAGAGCGGUCGAGAUCAUAGACAAGAAAAAGGUUGACCGAGAACAGAAGAUGGAGGAGGCGCGGCUCGCCCGACGAAAAGCCAAAGAGGAAGCAGACCAACAAGCUGAAGAACAUGCGAAGUCGAAGGGAGGCUGGGGCUCCUGGAAGGGUUGGUGA